CAACCCACCGAGCGCGGCUGCCUGUCUGUCCGCCCCGCAGUCCUUCACAGAGACCGUGCGACCAGCAGCCCACCGGCCCGGUGUGUCAACGGCCACGUAUGCUGAGCGUCGAAAACAGACCGACUGCCGACCCGCUGCGGCAAGAUGUACCACUCUGACCACGGCGUGGACUUCCAUGACCUCUCCUUCCGUGUCCCUGGCAUCCCUGCCCAGCUGGGUCCGGCACGCAGAGCGUGAACUCCGCUCCCAACCAACAGCACAUCCGGCGUCCGCUUCACCCGCACCGGGCCUCCGUCUGCUCCGGGCCAUGGACAGCCCCCCUAAGCUGUCGGGCGAGACCCUGAUCGUGCACCACAUCCCCCUGGUGCACUGCCAGGUGUCCGGCGGGCGGCAGGGUGGCUGCGGGAUCUCGCUGAAGAGGGGCAGCCCGUUCAUCCCGCCGGAGAACCUGGGCUUGAGUCGCACCACGUCCCUCCCCGAGAGGGACGUCCUCCAGAGGGAGGCGCUGGUCUACAGCAGCCUGAUCCAGACCUCCGGCGGCGGGAGGGGAGGCAGCACGGCGAGCGAAGACUCGUCCUUCGCCUCCAGCAAUUCUGAGGACCAGCUGAUUGCCGCUCACACGCUGCCCAGAGCCAAGCCGAGGAGCAGGAACCCACUGCGCCACAAUCCCUUCCUGCUCAACACCGAGGACGAGGACGACGAAGAGGAGGAGGAGGAGGAGGACGGUGACAACCUCAGCGGUUACCUCGAAGACUCCUCCUUUCACCUGCACAGUGACAGAAACUCCGCCCUCGGCGACGGGACGGCUCCCUUCCGCCUCCACGACCUCGACUUCGCCGCCGAGCCCUUCCUGCUGCACAGGUCGGUGGGCGGAAGCCGGCGGGGGUCCCUGAGGGCGGCGGCCUCCGACCUCUCCCACGCCCACCUGGAGGACCUGGACAUCCUGGGACUGGACAGCCAGCUGCGCCUCGGCAGCAGCGGCUCCAACAUGUCCAUGGACUGCGGGGAGCAGGACUGGGCCGAGGAGGACGGGGAGGACGAGGACCACCCCAUGAGGUGCGGCCGCAGCUCCUCCGGCUCCUGCUGCGCGCUCUCCCAGGACCUCGCCCGGCACUUCCCCGAGGCCUUCCCGGACUGCCAGCAGGGCUACGGCAGCGACUCCUCCUGCAACAGCUCGGACGGCGUGCUGGUCAACUUCAGCGCCAUUUACAACAAGAUGAACAACAGCGUCCCGGAGAAGCCGCCGGCCGCCGGGCGCACCAACCUCAACGGCCCCACCGACCGCUGCUGCGCCUCGCCGGUCACCGACCCGCCGGGGAAGCGCGGAGGCUCCACCGAAGGGGCCUUCUAUCUGGACCUCCACACCUCGCCGACCGAGCCCCCCCUCCCGCAGCAGCAAGCCUUCCCCCUCCUCCGCGAGCCGCACCUGUCCACCUCCUCCGCCUGCUCGUGCGCCGCGGAGCACCAGGGGGUCCUCGACCUCGACGCCAACUGCAACGCGUACCACCCCCCGCGCUGCGGGUCGGCCGGCGACCUGGCUUCCUGCCUGCAGAGUCAGGCCCGCCUGGUGGUCGCCACGCAGAACUACUACAAGCUGGUCACCUGCGACCUGUCGUCCCAGUCGUCCCCGAGCCCCGCGGGCUCCUCCGUCAACAGCUGCUCCCCCGAGCACAGCAAGGGCAGCCCCACCCCCACCCAGCCCCACGAGUACUUCCUGUUCCGGCAGAGGGCCGACGAGGACGGCCUGGAAGAAGAGGACGAAGAUGGAGAGUCGCGUCGGCGGGAUGAUGACGGUGGUGAUGAGGAUGACGAAGAAGAAGACGAGGAGGAGGAGGAGGAGAGGAGGAAUCAGCAGGCGGCCGUUGGAGGCGACGGCGCCCCUGCUGCGCUCCAAGGCCGGGUCUACGUCAACGUCUCCCCUCCCGUGGUCGGCGGCGGCCUGAUCGGAGCCCCCCCGGGAAGCCGCCCCCGCUCCCGCAGCUACGACCGCAACCUGGACAGGUCUCCGCCCCCUCGCCUCGGCUCUCUGGAGCGCAUGUUGAGCUGCCCCGUCCGGCUCAGCGAAGGCGCCGCCCCGACCUCGACCCCGACCCCGCCCCCGCCCCCGCGAGUCACCUCCUUCGCCGAGAUCGCCAGGAGCAAGCGGAGAAACGGAGGCUCGGGGAGUUCGCCGCCACUGAAGGAGCUGUUCUCCUCCACUUACUCCACCCACUCCCACUCCUCCCUGGACUUCUCUCCCAUCCCGGAGCAGCGCCCGGAGGUCGACUGUCACAGCCUGUCGCCUGUGCCCUUCACCAGAUGUUACAGCCAAGGCAGCGCCGAGCGACACCUGGAGGGGGCGAGGGAGACCCGGGCCAAGGCUGAAGGAGGCCUGUCCACUUCCUCAGAGAGCCGCCCGGCGGUGGUCCGCUACACUAAGGACCAGCGGCCCACCUCCCUGCCCAUCCAGCCCUUCACCUUCCACCACCAGUUCGCCUCCAAGCCCCCGCCGCCCAAGCCCCUGCCGCCCGGCUGCGCCUCCGGGAUGCAGGGCCGCUCCGGGGAGCCGGUGGGGGAGGACGGAGGAGACGCAGCCGAGCGCGUGCGCGGGUACCGGGGGUCUGCGGCUGCAGCAGCCCCUCCGCCCGCAUCGGUCCGCCCCUCGCCUCUCGGGAGCUACUCCCCGGUGCGUCUCCAGGGGGCGCCGAGCUCCGGGACCUGCUCCACCUGCACCCCGAGCCCCCAGCCGGCGCACAGCCUCUCCUGCCCGCUGCGCGCCGCGCCGCCGGCAAAGCGGGGAGGGGCUUCGGCGUCCGUGCCGCCGAUGCUUCCCCCGGUGCAGGGGCAGUGCUUCCAUCGCGGAGCUCCGCCCACCUUACCGCCUCUAGACAGCGACGCGCUGAGCCCGCUGGGCUGCGUGGAGGGGGGGGACCACGUGGAGGGAGGCAAAGCAGCCAGGACACAUUAUGCGCACCACCUCUCCCCCCAGGCUCUCAAAUGGAGGGAGUACCGCCGUCGGAACCCUCUGGGGCUGGAGCGGUCCUCGGGGGGGGGCCACGCUUCCGCCGGAUCGGGCUCCCUCUCCGGUAACCCGGAGCCCAGAAGGGGCGGGGGUCCGCGACCCGCCAGACGGAACGUGUUCGAUUUCCCUUCAGCGCCCUCCGGCCCCCCGCCGGGACGCCUCAACGCGGGGGCCCAGUCGGCGAAGCUGCAGCAGAUCUACAGCGACUUCCUGCCGGACUACUUCUCCCUGACCGAGAGGCCUCCGGAGGAGUUCUGCCUCUCCCCCGACGCGUCGACCUCCUCCUCCCCCUGCGGCUCCUCCCCCCACAUCUCUGUGGACAUGACGCAGAAGAGAGGUUUGGUGAAAGCCGUGAACACGGCAGUGGAUCUGAUCGUGGCUCAUUUCAGCACCAGUCGAGACGCAGAUGUGAAGGCCAAGCUGGGGAACAGCUGGGUGAGCCCCAACGUGGGUCACCUCAUCCUGAAGUACCUGUGCCCGGCCCUGCGCGAGGUGCUGCAGGACGGCCUGAAGGCCUACGUGCUGGACCUGAUCAUCGGACAGCGCCGCUGUCAGCCCUGGAGCCUGGUGGAGGCCUCCACGCAGCUGGGUCCGUCCACUCGUGUCCUCCACAGCCUCUUCUCAAAGGUGAGCCAGUUCUCGGAGCUCACCAGCCACAGCAUGAGACUCAACGCCUUCAUCUUCGGUCUGCUCAACUUAAAAUGUUUGGAGUUCUGGUUCAAUCACCUGUACACGCAUGAAGACAUCGUAGCGGCACACUGCCACCCGUGGGGUUUCCUCCCCCUGUCGCAGGGGGCGUGCCGGCCGCUCUUCGAGGAGCUCCUCCUCCUGCUGCAGCCGCUGUCGCUCCUUCCGUUUGACCUGGACCUGCUGUUCGAGCCGCACCUCCUCCAGAAGGGCCAGGAGCACCUCCGCCGCAAGGAGCAGCUGUGCUCCGCCGGCCAGAGCGUCGACCAGGCCACCCGCUCCACCUUCCAGCUCAUGCGGGGGUGGAGCGCCACCGUGAGCGAGAUGGUCCGGGACUCCGGCGCCGAGGCGAGGAGAGAGAGGCCGGGGCUGAGGCGCGAGGGGACGUGGCCGAGGAUGGAAGGCGUCGGCUCGAGGACGGAGGGAGCGGCGCUGCGGUUGAGGAGCGAGGGGGCGGCGGCGGCCGAGAGCGCGAUGGAGGUCGGCUUUGCCAACCUGUGGAAGGAGAGGGGGGUGAGCGGGAGGAGGAUGAAAGGCGUGGGACAGGAGAGCCAAGGAGACGGCGAGGAUGGGCAGCAGAAGGACGGGAGGAAGGAGAAAGGGAAGGACGCGGCGGAGGAGGGGCGCCAGCGGCAGGAGCGACAGGCGGGCUGGUGGUACCAGCUCAUGCAGUCCUCCCAGGUUUACAUCGACCAAUCGGCAGAGGGCUCAAAGUUUGUGAAGACGGAGAAAAGGAGGAAGUCGUCGGAGAGGCGACCGAACCAGCCGCCGCCCACCAGGGAGGGCGUGGUGGAGGGGGCGGAGUCUAGGCAAGAAGGGGAGGGGCAGGGCAGUGGGAAAAGCAGCAGCAGCAGCAGCUCCGGCGGGGAGCCAGCGGGAGGCAGGGGGAGGCCGUCAUGGAUGGGCAGCCCGCCAGAUUCUGUCCUCAACCAGGAGAGAGAGGCUAAGCCCCCCGAGGCGGCAGCCCACGAGGACAGCCCCUCACAGGGACAGGGGCGGCGCUGGGGCCGGCUCUUUGGAUCCAGCGUCGGUUCUCCUUCGAAGGCGGAGCCAGCUGAACAGAAGGCCCGAGCUCAGAAGACCAGGCCGCCGUCUGGGUGGCUCUCUCUGGACCGGACCGUCCUCGACCUCGUGGCUCAGACCAUCGGGGCAGGAGGCGCGAAGAAGGCGGAGCCUCCGGCAGCGCCUGUCCGCCCACAAACCACGCCUCCACCCACGACAACCCAACCGACUGAAGCCAGACAGCAGUCUCCAUGCGACGUGCGAGCGCUGUGUCACCACAUCGCCACCGAGCCCGGCCAGCUGAGCUUCAACAAGGGCGACGCCCUGCGGGUCCUGGGGAGGGCCGACGCCGACUGGCUGCUGUGCUCGCUGGGCUCCGUCCGGGGCCUGGUCCCCAUCGUCUACGUCACCCUGGGAAGCAUGGAGGACAGCCAGGACGCCGCUGGGCUCGGACAGCGCUGAAGGGCGGGAGGACGCGACGCGACGGGAGGCGGAGGCGAACCGAUGAAGCAAAAAACCAAAAGAAUACGAUUUUUGAGCUGGUGGCACGUUUGAAGGGAAAACGUUGUAAAUUAUUUAAUGAUGCUGUACGGAGGCGUGCGAGGGAAGCAUGCAGGCAGGAACACUAACUGACUUCAAGACGGACACGUAUGCAUGCAUACAUCCCACACUACCCAAAGCUGCUCCCCCGCCAUGCCAGCUUCUCCCCGUGACCGCCAUCGGCCUCCCCCCUCGCCAGCGCCUGUGGUGACGUAGCAUCACCACCAGGUGGUGACGUAGCAUCUCUGCUUCUCGUCCUGUUGCUUACUUGGUGCAGAUUGAUCUUCUAAAUUCACGUAGAUAAAGCAGUGACUCCUUUGCUGUUUUUGGUGAGUUGUAAAAGAAAACUGUAUCUACGAGACGUAGUGUAUUAUUAUUAUUAUUAUGAUUCACUUUGUUAUUAGUGGGACAGUAGAAGAAUCCCCACAGGAGCUCGUUGGAAGGUUGUUUUAAGUUCACCUCUAAUCUCUAAAGUCUGUUUGUAUGAAGACAAAAGUGACAAAAAAACAGGCAGACAUGGUUAAAGUUACUGGAAGGAACUUUUAACUGGUUCUGAACCAGUCUCAGUUUGGUCCUGGUCUUCUACGUGAACCAGUCUCAGUGUAGUCCUGGUCUUCUAUGACCUCCCAUCAGUAGAUGCGACGUGAACCAGAACCAGGGCAGAGAGGGGCUGACUGUCCGUAGAAUGAGAGGUUUUCUAAAGGGACCCUGGUGGUAGCAGACACUACCACUUUAGUCCACAAGGGGCGCCAGAAUCAAUAGAAAUAAAAGUUCCUCAUAGUAUCUUAACGAGAACACACAAACCUUUUAGCAGUCUGAGGUGUGCACGUGCAUCCGACCUGAUGGCACAUGUGGCCACAGCUAUUAACACCUGGAAGACGUCCAAUGGAAGCGUAGCGCCGUGCGGAGGCCUUUCUGAGUGUGUCGGGUCUCGUUACUGCUAAUUACUGAUAUGCAUUUAGAAUCGUAUCUAUGCCUUAGAUUUCCUAAAGGAGAAAAAAGGGAGAAUAGCCGCGUCGGACACCUUUAAGGCGAGUGACCUAAGAUUUGUCCAGACAUUAUAUUUUGUAUGAAGUGUUCAUGGCGACCGAGUCUCGCUGUCUCUGAGGACAAAGAGGUGAUAUUUUUGUUCUUGUUUAAAGGGAAACCCCAACACAAGGUGUGUCAGUGUGUACUUCCUGCCUAACCAGGUGUAAAACGUGGCCUUAGCUUCCAAAGGACACAAAGUACGGCUAUAAACAUAAAACCUGGAUAUAUGAGAGAUGCCCGGUCCAAAUACUUCACGUUAUAUAACGGUCAAAUCAGUGUGCAUUCAUUGUCCACACAUGAAUAUCAUUUAGCAAGUUUCCUUUUGUAGCAUUACUGUACAGCUCUUUUCAUGUGUCGUUAUCCACAUUUCAGCAAUGUCAUUGAACUGUAAAUAUAUUUAAAUCCUGCAGAGCUCCAUGUAUGAAUGUUAAUACAGACCCCCCCCCCCCUGCCUGUAAAUACCUUCAGUAUCCACAGCUCUUCUCUCUGUGUGUCUACGGCUAUAAGACGUGUACGUAUGACGAUGUCAAACUACUAUGGAUGUUAAAUAACAAAGUGAUCACAAACUCAAA